UUCUUCGAAACUAGAACAGAGGGAAACUGUUCUUCUCAAUACUUUUGCUUUACAAGUCGUCGUAUUGACAUUAAAUUAUGUAAAGCGUUUCCAAGUUGCCGUUCUUUUAUUUUAUUUAAAUUUUUUUAAAUACAUAAUUGUGGUUCCAGACGUCUGUAUUAGUGCGCCGUGUCGGGCUCUAACAUAACUUAGCGGUGGCCCUUUUUUUUUUUCCUUCUUCUUCUUCUUCGCCCUAAUUAAUAAUUCGGCUUCUUUGCAUUUAUUUGUUCGCUUUAUUUCACAUCACCCGGCGGGCGGUCUCAUAUGAGCGAGGCCGGUCCGGGACGAGGCUCCGCCGGCAGAGCGGGGCAUCAGCAUGAGGACGCCCAGAGGAGGACGCCUGUUCCUGGCGACGUGCCUCGGCUCCCUCUUCUUUCUCAUGCUCUACUUUCAGAGCAUCAACAAAACAACUGUAGAACCUGAUCUGAAGACAGACACUGGGUCAGGGAAAAGCAGGAGGAACCCACUUCAGACACUGUAUAAUAGAGACCAGCAGCUGGACUUGUUGGCAGCACAGAGGUCUCUCCAAGGCCGCCGGGAACUGUUGGAGCAGGCAUGUCUGAGCCACACGAGAAAGCGCAGGGUACUUUCACCUGAGGACCUCAAACACCUAAUUGUGGAUGAUAAACACAGCCUGAUUUACUGCUAUGUGCCCAAGGUAGCCUGCACCAAUUGGAAACGUGUUCUUAUGGUCCUGUCCAGUGAUGGCCGCUACACCGACCCCCUUGCCAUCCCUGCCAGUGAGGCCCAUGUGGCAGGCAACCUCCACACGCUUUCCGAGCUCUCAGUCGCUGAGAUCAACCAGCGGCUUCGUAGCUACCUCAAGUUCAUCUUUGUGCGUGAGCCCUUUGAGCGUCUUGUAUCUGCCUACCGCAACAAGUUCACACGUAACUACAACACAGCUUUUCACAAGCGCUAUGGAACCAAGAUCAUCCGCCGACACCGGCCUGACCCAGAACCAGGCGCUCUGGAAAACGGAAGUGAUGUUACUUUCCAGGAGUUUGUGCAGUACCUUGUUGACCCACGGACCCAAAGAGAGGAACCUUUCAAUGAGCACUGGGAGCGGGUGCACUCCCUGUGCCACCCCUGUCUGAUUCACUAUGACGUGGUGGGUAAGUAUGAGACCCUAGAGCCGGAUGCUGAAGCUGUGCUCAGAUUGGCCGGUGUUGAAGGGACACUUCAGUUUCCAACUUCUAGUAAGAGUACCCGAACUGAUGGCAACAUGGCUGCACACUACUUUAAACAUAUUAGUCCUUUCUACCACAAGAAACUGUUCAGCCUGUACCGCAUGGACUUCCUUUUGUUUAACUAUUCCACGCCUGAGUACCUCCGACCUCGGUGAGGUGGAAGAAGAGGGCCGUGGAUGGGGCUGUGAUACUGUCUGUUUGCACUU